AUGGACGCCCAGACCACAACGGCCGAACCUCAACAUCCUUAUCCUUCCAGUCCUUGGACAUCUGCCUCGACGAUAUCAUCGAGCACACCGAAUCCGACGACACCAUCGGCGACGAGUACUCACAGCGCUUCAGCCGUUGAGGGCUCUUUCUUCCCCGACCCGUCCGCCACACAAUUCCAUUCUCACCUCGAUCUCCUCCCCUUUCUCCUCCCACAGCAGUCCAACAUUUACCACGCUCAACUCCUCCACUACAAUAAGCUCAUCUCCCCAUCCCGCGGCGGCGGCCUGCAGACACCGCCACUCCCUCCCGUCAUCUCUGCUCCUCAUAUCCAGGCAGCGCCUCGGUCGCGAUCUUCUAGCAAGGUGUCGCUAAGAGACGCCUCCGGUAAGGGGAGCACAGCUGGAGGCCAUGGGAGUAGGUCACAUCAGAAUUUAGACAAGAGUCGAUCGGUUGCCGCCUCCAAGGAGGUUCCGUCCAAAAUGUCUUCAAAGCAGGCCGCCGACUCAUCGAGGCAUUUACCCCGACGGUCCGCACCUUCGGCUCAGUCCCACUCUAGUUCAGUGCCCUCGACGCCUCACCAGCACGCUCGUCAAUUUUCACUUGAGGACCGCGAGCCGUCGCCUACGGGGACAAAUAACCAUUCCCCGCGAUCAGCUUAUUCUGAGACACAUAGCACGUUAUCCUCGCUUCAGCCUUUACCGCCGCGAAUAUCGAGUUGCAAAUACGAGACUGCCCAAAUAAAUUCUCGGAGGAGAAUACCGUAUUCGGUCGGCAAUGAUCGUCUGGAAAAGCUGGACUUGAGGACGGUCAAGAGCAAGUUGGCUGAGGAUGAAGAGCGAAAAUUGGCGACAGAUAUGAGAGAGGUCUACGACCGAUUACUCCCCACCGCUGCUGUUGAGGAGAAUCGCAAGAAAUUAGUCUCAAAGCUCGAAAAGACCUUCAACGACGAAUGGCCAGGCCAUGAUAUCCGCGUAAAUCUUUUUGGGUCUUCUGGGAAUCUUCUUUGUUCGGAUGAUUCUGAUGUGGACAUUUGCAUCACAACCGCAUGGCGCGAAUUGGAGGAUGUCUGCAUGAUCGCCAACCUCCUAGCAAAGCGGGGGAUGGAGAAGGUUGUCUGUAUUUCGGCCGCUAAGGUGCCCAUCGUCAAGAUCUGGGAUCCUGAACUGGGCCUUGCCUGCGAUAUGAAUGUCAACAAUACCCUUGCGCUCGAAAAUACACGCAUGGUUCGAACAUAUAUCGAUAUUGACCCGAGAGUUCGAGAGCUUGCAAUGAUUAUAAAGUAUUGGACACGGAGAAGAAUAGUCAAUGAUGCCGCGUUUGGUGGCACAUUGAGUUCCUACACAUGGAUCUGCCUGAUUAUCGCGUUCCUACAGCUGCGCAGCCCUCCCGUUCUUCCCGCAUUGCAUCAGUCGCCACACAAGUUACCCAAACCCGACGGCACCACCCCCGACUUCGCGGACGAUAUUGACAAACUGGCUGGUUAUGGAAAAAAGAACAAGUCGUCUACUGCGGAGCUUUUGUUUCAGUUCUUUCGCUUCUACGCUCACGAGUUUGAUUACGAUAAGCACGUUCUCUCGGUGCGGCAGGGUAAACUGAUCACAAAGCACGAAAAGAAGUGGCAUUAUGCGAUCAACAAUCAGCUCUGUGUGGAGGAGCCGUUCAAUACUUCUCGUAACCUCGGAAACACCGCUGAUGACUAUUCUUUUCGCGGUUUACAUAUGGAGUUACGUCGAGCAUUUGACCUGAUUUCGGUGGCAAACUUCGAGGAGGCAUGCGAGCAAUACGUGUUCCCUAAAGAGGAGGAAAGAGUAUGGUCUCGGCCGGCACCGCAACCUCGACCUGCUCUGCUUAGGAGCUCCUCGCAGACACAUUCAGGCCGAGGAGGUCGUGGGAACCACCGUGGCGGACGACAUAACAAUAAUUACCGAGGCGGAAAUUCGAAUCGACGUGCAUCUGCAGGUGUUCCACAGUUCGACGCCAACAACAACAACAAUAUGUUUAUGCAGCCGGUCAACAUGGCGCAGGAUCUACAGUGGUACCAAACCCAACAGUUCCAGUUUCAGUACGCACAGCAGGAUCUUAUGACUCAAAUGGCGUUGCACCAGGAGAACAUGCGACUAUUGUAUGCCAGUCAAUCACCAGCAUUUAUGCAGCAUCAAGCCCAGGCUCAGGCUCAAGCUCAAGCUCAAGCGAUGGGUCAACAGCAGCAACAACAGAGGAUGUCUACGAGUACAGGAUCUGGCCAGCAGCAGCCUCAACAGACAUCAGAUCGUUCCAGGACAAAUUCAUUUGAUAAUCCGCCGCUCAGCGCUCCUCUUCGACCAGAUUUGUAUGCUCUGUAUGGAAUGACUUUGGGCACGCCCUUUUUCCCCCAAGCGGGCGCAAGUUAUGGAACGUAUCCCUCGUCUCCUGCUAGUACCUCGGGUGCUACCCAAGACUUUCGUCGCCCGCUUCAGCGAAAUGGUAUAAAUAACGAAACAGGUGUCCAAGGAUCCAAUAGUGCUCUUCGUUCACACUCGCAGCCCGCAUCCCGAUCUCCGUCUGCAGCACAAGCAGCUCCCGGUUAUUUCGGUGCCCAAUCUUACAAUGGUCCAAGCCAUUCUCGAGGUGUUAACGGCAACCCAGUUCCAAGCUUUAUGUCUGAUGAUACAGAUUUCGACGAGACUCCCAAGGCACACACGGACUCACCACAAUCGGAAGAGGGCAAAUAUUCUGUUUAUUUGUCAGAAAGCCCAAGUCCCAGCAAGCAGCCUCAGCCACAAGCUGUGACGAAUGGUCUUGCUUUUGGGGAUGUCUCCGGUCAGAGCCCAGGGCGACGACGACUCUCAACAGAUCAACUUCCCCAGACAAUUCUCGACCGCCGAAUGAAGAGGACAUCCCGAUCGCCUUCACCUUUGGGCCAUGCACGGAAUUUCUCAUCCACUGCGUCAUCGGCACCUUUGGCACAAGGCCCUUUCCCUGGGGGUCAAAACAAGAACCUUUCGCGCCCAUUGGUUGUUAAUGGAUCUAGUCUCAAGACAAGCGUGACUCAAAGCCCACGCCAACCACCUUCGGGAACAGGUAGCACUACAUCUGAUGAGUCGACCAACCUUGAGAACCCCCUGCAGAUUCACGGCUCAAAUGGUGAUCCCAGCUUUCCGGUUGAUGGACCCGUCAUGCCGCAGGCUGUACCUGAAGCAGCUAUGAACCAACAAGGUGCCUACAACCCGGUUCCUGUAGUGGCCAAUGGCUCCGCUGCCCCAAUGAUGGCUGCAGCUCCAUCCACGGCAGACGAUCCAUCAUUUCGCGAUCGUAUCGCGAUGAUGAGCGCUUACUACAUGGCAAGUCCCCAUAUUGUACAGGACCCGGUGGUAGCAGCAAACUCUCGACUGUCCCCUUCGACACGCCAACGCCUUAUGUCGCGUCAGCAGAAUGGCAUGAUUGCUCCUCUUGAUCUUGCCAUUGCUGAGAACCGUAUCAACAGACCACCAGUUGGUCAAGAUUUUGCUCAUCUUUCACCAGUUUACGAGAACCGCACUCCUUCUCCCACAGUUGUUCGAAAGGAUGGACCUUGGAAGUCAGAGAAGCAGAACAGUCCUAAGACAGGAAGAGGAGAUGGACCAAAGUCCAGCCAGAAAACCGAUGAGCGAACUCAAGAGCCUCAAGAGGGUACAAAGUCUCAGAAGAAUCAGAAGUCGGGUUCUCAAAAGGUCAACGGAGCCCGAGAAAACGGCCACGUUCGUGGAGCUAGAAGUGAAACCGACGGCGGUUGGCAAAAAGCAGGCAAGGGAAAGAAGAAGGGCGCCAACAACAACGGGCAACAAGGAAAUAGCGAGCAGCCCCCCAAGCACGAGUCGGAACGAAAGGGCGGUUAA